UAUAGUAUAAAAGGAGGGAAGCACUCGAGUGAACAGUACACUCACUCCACCAUGAAGCUCCUGAUACUGGCGGGUAUGUUGGCAGCGGCCACGGCCGGCUCACUUCAGAGCUACAGCUUACCAACACCCUUUGGCUCUGGCUUCUCCACCGGCAGCUCAUCUACCAGUUUCGGAUCCUCCCUUGGUGGCACAGGAUUUUUUGGGGGAUCAGGGUUUUCUGGAAGUUCAGGGUUCUCUGGAGGUUUAGGGAUCUCUGGAGGUUCAGGGUUCUCUGGAGGUUCAGGGAUCUCUGGGGGCUCAGGGUUCUCUGGGGGCCCCGGCCCGUUUGACAGCAGCUGCGGAGGAGGGCAGGUUCGUCAUGUGGACGGCAGCUGCGUGACUCCUCAGGUCACCCGAAACUUGUUCCGGUACAGAGUUCCUCCAGCAACCCCGAUCUUGGGUGCACGACCAAACGUUCCUCCACCAAGAGUUGAGGACAAUAUACUCUUCAUCGAAUUUCCAGAAGAACUCUUCAACCAAGAACCCAUUGUGGUACCACCACCACAACAAAGAAACGUUGUGUACGUCCUCAACAAGCGGCCUCACCAAGAUCACACGGUUGUCCACGCACCGGGACCUGAACAAGCGGCUCCUGAGGUGUUCUUCGUCAACUAUGCUGAGGGCGAGAACCCGACAUUACCCAGUGGUGGAGACCUCCAGUCCGCCCUCAGCUCAGCCUCUGACGGUAGCGGCGAACUGGUCGGUAGCAGUGGUGGCAGCAUUAGUACAAGUGGCCUUGUCAGCGGCGGUGGCAGCAUUGGCGGUGUCAGUGGCAGUGUUAGUGGUGGUGGGAGCGGUGUAUAUGGUUUACCCUAAGAAGAAGUGUCCCCUUCUGACACCAGAAAAUUAAUGUUGUCUUCAAAUUUGUUUCUCACUUACGGAGCAUCGGUAAAUGUUAACGCUUCGACCAUAUCUAGUGAAGAUAAUAUAAUGUUAUUUAUUAGAAAAAACAAUGAAUAAACAUAAUACCAUGUAA